UUGUAAACACAAGAAGGCAACACACACACACAAAAAACACUUCACCGAGACGGUUAAAAUAUUUGUCACUAAUCGUCUUAUUAGCCACCGUUUAGCUUAGCAUCGGGAGUUUAUAUAUCCGAGAGAGCGACGUCGCUUCUGUCGUCGAUAUUUCGUCAGGGUCCUCGCGGAAUGACAACAAAUUAUCAGCUAACAGCGAGCUAAGCUAACGCCAACUCGUUCACACGGUAACUCGUUAGCUUAGCUCCAGCUGAGUCCUGCUAAGCUGAGUGUCUGUCUCUCUCAGAGCGAGGUGGACUCUCUCAUGGUGGUCUCAGUUCAAUGGGGAACUGCCUGUUUUCACAAGGUGCGGAUGACCUGUCGCUGCUGAACGAGUCCGAGGGGGGCAGUCUGCCCGGAGAGCCUCCGCCGCCCUACCAGGAGCGCACCCAGCCUGUGCCGGUGUACCAUCCCACCCCAGGGGAGAGUCGCCUGGCUUACCAGCUGACCGAGGAGGAGCAGGUCCGCAUUGCCCAGCGAAUCGGCCUCAUCCAUCACCUGCCUAAAGGCAUCUUCGACCCGGGCUCCGACCCCUCUGACAAGAAAGUUAAAGAGUGUGUGAUCUGCAUGAUGGAUUUCGAGUACGGCGAUCCCAUCCGGUUCUUGCCCUGCCUUCACAUCUACCACGUGGACUGCAUCGACCCGUGGCUGAUGCGUUCCUUCACCUGCCCCUCCUGCAUGGAGCCGGUAGACGCAGCCCUGCUGUCCACUUACGAAACCAACUGAGCGGCCCCACCACGGCCGCUCCUGCCUAAAAGUAACUGCACCUUUUUAGCCGAAACUGUCCUAGCUGUUCAGACAGGUAGCCAUGGUGAUGUGGCAUUAUGCAGAUGUUUGGAGAGAGUUUGUUUUUUUUUUCAGAAUCAGAUAGGUGUUGAAAACUGUGCCCUACAGUACAUUGCUUAAGUCUGUUAUGCACCUAUUUUGGGCUUUGGAAACUCUUUGCCUUUUACAGUAGGACAACGUGCCAAAUCGAGCUAGAUGAAGAAUAUGGAAAGCUGUACACGUAGCAAAAAUAUUACUGCAAAGUAAUUUCACUUUUGUACAACUGACAGUCUAUUUUAAUUUGUGGUUUUUAUGGUAAUUAGAUGCAUGUCACCAAUGUGAUCGACUCCCCCUCUCUAGAUGUAAUGUGCAAUAUGUUAAAUCAAUGGAGAAAGUGGAAGUUUCUGUGUUUUUCACAUGAACUUGUGGCCUUGAAUGUCACAAAAACACAGGCCUCUCUACUGAUAUGCAAUCAUCAAAACACAGAGAAAUAAGUUUUUCUGAACAAAGUUAUGAGGUCCCGUGACCGCUCAUGUCUACAGCACCAUGAGAUAGAAUGGUGUCAUUUUAGAUAGCAGAUAUUUGAAGAUUGAAUCUAUUUUAUUUGACUAUGGUCUUGUUGUCUGUACUGUAGUUUUUCCCUUGAAGCUGCUUUUAAAAAUAUGGAUCUGUUUUGUUUGUUUUCUUUUUGCCUUCCCACAAUAUGGAUCCUCUCCUUUGCUUUGCCUAGAGUUUGUGCUCUCUGUUUCAUUUUUUACAAAUCGGUCCUUAGUGUGUCCUUUUCAUUGUUUACUGUCAGUGACAUUUACAGACAAAAUACGCUGUGCAAUCCCCCUUAAAGCACCUUGGGUCACCCCACAUCUGGCUCCCUGUAGCUUGUAGAUUUCGUAAAUGAUUGUGUGUUUUGAUAUGUGUGUCUGUGUGUGUUUUUUGAAGAGGUUGUGGCUAGAGAUUGGCAGGUGGAGGUAAUAUUGUGAAGUAAUCCUUGUAAACCUUGUUGUUCCCUCUGUUUUAGUUGGGUUUUGUUUUGUGUUGAUGGCCUUCUUAUAGAAAGCGAUGCAUUUCCAGAGCUCCUGGCUCUGGUCAAACAAAACUGCUUUUAACUUUUGGUAUUAGGCGUGUACUCUGAUACUGACUGCGUAGUAAUGUAUAGCACAAACAAAGUACAACGCUGAAGGAGAAGCUACAGCAGUAGAAAGGAAUGUAUCUUGAAUGUAAAGCAUUAUUUCAGCUUUUAAAGAUUCGAACAGUACACGUGACAAUAAGAGGACAUUUCUGAUUUACUCAGGCUGCUGUGCCUUUUUAGGUUGAGGUAAGCCAAUUCCUGUGAAGUACAAUCAUUUCUGACUUGCUUUUCUUUUAGUUAUCCUCUAGGGGGAAACAGAUACCAGCACUGUACUGAUUUGUGUCACUAUGAAUUAGGGCCAGAAAUGAAGCCGGAAAUGUGCUCUGGCUGCUGUUAACAAUCAGUUUGUGUUUUUAAUUUAUAAAGUGUGCCACCGGUGCGCAGAUUUUAGGAAAAUUAUGAAACCACAAUAAAAGUGGAUACCAAAUUUUA